AUGGCGUCAAGGCUUGACCGACUUGUCACCAUCCUCGAGACGGGCAGCACUCGGUUGAUUCGAGACACUGCUGUCAAUCAGCUAGCUGACUGGCAAAAACAGCAUCCGGAUGAGCUCUUCAACCUGCUCAGCCGGGUCGUCCCUUAUCUCAGGCAUAAGGAUUGGGAGACCAGAACGACAGCCGCAAAGGCCCUCGGGAAAAUCAUUGAGCACGCCCCCGCAUACGAUCCCAAUGCUGCAGACGAACCAGAACCAGAGCCUCCCAAGAAGGAGGAACCUGUGGCUGAAAAUGGUGCCAUCAAGAAGGAGGAAGAGAAGGAGCAGUUACUUCUCGGCGCAGAGGAUUUCUUUCAUCUCGAAAGCCUCGACAUUGCCAUGAUCCUCCAACAUGGCAGGGAGUUGCUCCGCGGUGGCACAGUCGACUUUGCGCUGGCUGCCCUAGAACCUCAGGAUCGUCUGGCGCACCAGAAGAAGACGCUCACUGGUCGCUUGGGACUUCUUGGCCGGAAGUUUGAAGAUGAAGAGAUACCGAUCGUCAACGAGCAUGCCAACAGCCCUGCCACCCCGCAAGACACUACCAACACCAAUGGAGCGGGUCGUCAAGAGAACACCAACGGUGCUGCCACGCCAGGCCUGCCAGCCGAAGAGUCGGGCCUUAGUUCUCGACAACUGAACGUUUUAAAACGAAAGCGUAAGCGAGAGGCACAGAAAGCAGCUCAGGGCAAGAGCGGCUUUGGUGAUCUGUCCAUCAGGCGGUCGGCCACCGGUGGCUCUGAUGCCUUCGCCGACGACACACCCAUGCCAGACGCGGACUCGAAAAAGAACGGCAAAAUGAACGACUAUUUUAACCUUGAACGCCCCGCUGAUCUCGACGAGGACACCAAGGUCGUCUCGGAAUUCAAAGGACCGGUAAUUCCCAUUAAAUCGGAGAUCGAAGCAGACGACAGCGUGGAAGGUGCUGAAUGGCCGUACGAGCGGCUUUGCGACUUCCUGAAGGUGGAUCUCUUCGAUCCCCAGUGGGAAACGAGACAUGGAGCUGCUCUGGGCUUGAGGGAGAUCAUUCGAGUCCAUGGAGGAGGCUCGGGCCGGCAACAAGCCAAGUCUCGAGAUGAAAACGCCAAGGCGAAUCAACUUUGGCUGAACGACCUGGCCUGUCGCUUGUGCUGUGUGCUCAUGCUCGACAGGUUCACCGAUUACAGCUCGGAUACCUCCGUCGCUCCUAUCCGGGAGACUGUUGGCCAAACACUUGGCUCAGUGCUAUAUCAGGUGCCCCCCGAGUCUGUCCAUUCUAUUUACAGAAUACUCUAUAGAAUGGUCAUGCAGGAGGACCUGCAGCUGGACAGACAUAUUUGGGCGAUCUGCCAUGGAGGUAUGGUUGGUCUGAGAUAUGUCGUGGCCGUCAGGAAGGACCUGCUCUUGAAGGACAGUGAUAUGGUCGAUGGGGUCGUCCGUGCUGUCAUGAAAGGUCUCGGGGACAUGGACGAUGAUGUACGCUCUGUCAGUGCAGCUACGUUGAUUCCCAUGGCCAAGGAAUUCGUGGCUCUGCGGCCCGACGCAUUAGAAGGCCUCAUCAAUAUCGUCUGGGAGAGCCUAUCAAGUCUGGGCGAUGAUCUUAGUGCCUCGACCGGAAAGAUCAUGGAUCUACUGGCAAUCCUCUGCAGCUUCCCUGAGGUAUUGGAGACCAUGAAGUCAUCCGCCGAGCAGGACGAGGAGCGAUCUUUUACACUCCUCGUACCGCGUCUCUAUCCUUUCCUCCGUCACACCAUCACCUCUGUACGCCUGGCGGUCCUCAAGGCGCUGAUGACUUUCGUCAAUCUCGGGGCUGAAACCACUCACGGAUGGCUCAACGGCAGGGUUCUUCGGCUUGUCUUCCAAAACAUUCUCGUCGAGAGGGACCAAGAUACCCUGAAAAUGUCUCUUGAUCUUUGGUCAUCCUUGGCCAAGGCACUCGCGAAAGACCCGGGCCGUCUAGCAGAAGAGUUUGGACCACAUGUUGAUCCAUUGAUGCAACUCACUCUUCAUCCUGUCGGCGUUUCGCGCCACCCCCUUCCGAUGAACGCAAGUCUAUUCAUGAAGCCAUCUGGCGGGACAUAUAACCUGCCCGCCACCUUUUCAGCUACCGCUAGGAAAUCUUCGCCGCUAGAAGGCCCUGAGCGAGCCACGAAACGGAGAAGAAAAUCCACUAAAGUUGAUGAUGCGCCCAGUACUUCUCCGUCUCAUGAUGUCGACGGCGCCAUGAUGCAAGGCGAUGUCGACAUUGUCGGCGUCGAGACCCUUAUUCGAUCCCGAGUUUCUGCGGCCAAAGCGAUGGGCUUGGUAAUGUCACUCAUUCCGACGUCCCAGACGGAAUUGUACGACGCAAGUCUCACUCCGGCUCUGUCGUCUGCUUUCUCUUCCACUCAAAUGACUGCUUGCGCGAUCAUUGAUGAAUACGCGAAGAACUGCUCAGAAAAGACGGUUCCGGCACGAUUCGUCGAUCCCCUGCAGCAGAUCAUCGCCAGCGACAGGCCGUCGAACUACCGCGAUCUGGUCAGCUUUGUCCAACGAGUCAGGUCUCAGUGUCAACAACUGUUGAACCUUUUCCGAGACCACGGCAAGGUCAUGCCAAGCAGGCUGCCCAUCCUGGCUGUCGUGGUCCAGGGCGAGGCAGAAGCCGGACCAGGCGCGUUUUCCGUAGCCAACGCCGAGAAGGUCGUCGGGGAUGAUUACGAGAAAUUGAAGAAAGCCAUGGCCCCGGGUCAACGUCUCAUCGCGGGCCAGCAACUAGACGAGGCCAGGGAGGCAGUGGUUGACGCUUUGCAGGACGCUAAGACUGCGAAGGCUUCUCGUGAUGUUCGAAUCAAGGCAGCGGCCGGCUGUGCUCUCGUGGCCAUGGAUGUCCUCCCAAAGAAGCCUAGCCCUCUAAUCAAGGCUAUCAUGGAUAGUGUGAAGACGGAGGAGAAUCAGGAGCUCCAGAAACGCUCCGCUGCGACUAUUGCUCGUCUCGUCCAGCUAUUCACAGAGACUAGCCGCCGCGGCCCUGCCGACAAGGUCGUGGCAAACCUUGUCAAGUUCUCGUGUGUCGAGGUUGCCGAGACUCCAGAGUUCCCCGUCCAUGCCCAGAAAACAAAUCAGAUCCUCUCAAUGCAAAAGGAGGAGGACCGCGUCGAUCAUGCUGAUGCUGCCAAGUGGGCAAGAGAAGCGAAGGCGGCACGUAUCACUAGACGUGGCGCCAAAGAGGCCCUGGAGAUACUCUCGCAGACUUUUGGUGCCGAGGUGCUGAACACUGUGCCAAGUCUUCGUGCUUUUAUGGAGGAGCCAUUGACCAAGGCUUUCUCAGGCGAGCUCCCAGCAGAAGCCAGGGACCCUGAGAACACUUUCGGACAAGAGAUCGUGGACGCCAUGUCAGUGAUCCGUACCAUGACGCCGACACUGCACACAGGCCUUCACCCCUUCAUCAUGCAGAUGAUGCCCUUGGUGAUCAAGGCAUUACACUCCGAGCUAUCAGUCUUCCGAUACAUGGCAGCUAAGUGCAUCGCCACAAUUUGCAGUAUCAUUACUGUUGAGGGAAUGACUGCGCUCGUUGAAAAAGUCCUUCCUUCGAUCAACAACCCCGUUGACCUCCAAUGUCGCCAAGGCGCAAUUGAGGCCAUCUAUCAUCUGAUCGCCGUGAUGGGAGAUGGAAUCCUCCCCUACGUCAUCUUCCUCAUUGUCCCUGUUCUUGGUCGCAUGAGCGACUCCGACAAUGACAUUCGGCUGAUCGCUACAACCUCGUUUGCUACUCUUGUCAAGUUGGUGCCCCUCGAAGCAGGUAUUCCCGAUCCACCAGGCCUGUCCAAGGAGCUCCUGCAAGGACGGGAUCGCGAGCGCACCUUUAUCUCGCAGCUGCUGGACCCGAAGAAAGUGGAGCCUUUCAAUAUCCCCGUUGCCAUCAAAGCCGAGUUGCGCCAUUACCAGCAAGAAGGUGUCAAUUGGCUGCACUUCCUGAACAAGUACCACCUGCACGGCAUCUUGUGUGAUGAUAUGGGUCUUGGCAAAACCCUGCAGACUCUCUGCAUCGUAGCCAGUGACCAUCACCAGCGGGCUGAAGAAUUUGCCAAGACCGGCGCCCCCGACGUGCGGCGGCUCGCUUCGCUCAUUGUGUGCCCACCGACGCUCUCUGGUCACUGGCAGCAAGAGAUCAAGACGUAUGCCCCAUUCCUCAGCGUCACUGCCUAUGUUGGCAAUCCGGCGGAGCGGAAAGCGAUCAAAGAUCAGCUUGGCAAGACUGAUAUAGUCAUCACGUCCUACGAUGUCUGCCGUAACGACAUCGACAUCAUUGAGAAGUUCAACUGGAACUAUGUCGUGCUGGAUGAGGGACACCUUAUCAAGAAUCCCAAGGCUAAAAUCAGCCAGGCAGUAAAGAGACUGGCCAGCAACCACCGGCUCAUUCUCACGGGAACGCCGAUCCAGAACAAUGUCUUGGAGCUGUGGUCACUCUUCGAUUUCUUGAUGCCUGGUUUCCUUGGUGCUGAGAAGGUGUUCCUUGACCGAUUUGCUAAGCCUAUCGCUGCGAGCCGAUUCAGCAAAGCAUCAUCUAAGGAGCAAGAGGCAGGUGCCCUCGCCAUCGAGGCAUUGCACAAACAAGUCUUGCCAUUCCUGCUGCGGCGUCUCAAGGAGGAAGUGCUCAACGAUCUUCCGCCCAAGAUCCUUCAGAACUACUACUGCGAUCUCAGUGAUCUUCAGAAGAAGCUGUUCGAAGACUUCACCAAGAAGGAGGGCAAGAAGAUCCAAUCUGAGGCAGGAAGCGAGGACAAGGAAGCAAAGCAACACAUCUUCCAGGCUCUUCAGUACAUGCGGAAGUUAUGCAAUUCGCCGGCACUAGUUGUGCGCCCUGAGCACAAACUGUUCGAGGAAACCCAGCGAGUCCUGGCCAAGUCGGGUACCAGCCUCGAGGACCCUGUGCACGCGCCGAAGUUGACAGCGUUGCGAGAUCUCCUUGUUGACUGUGGUAUCGGUGUGGAGGGUACCGAUUCUAACGACCCCCUCUACCAACCCAUCAAACCACAUCGUGCGCUUGUCUUCUGUCAGAUGAAGGAAAUGCUUGACAUGGUUCAAAACACCGUGCUUAAGAGCAUGCUCCCUUCUGUUUCUUACCUGAGGCUCGACGGUUCAGUAGAGGCGAGCAAGCGACAAGACAUUGUCAACAAGUUCAACAGCGACCCCUCUUUCGACGUUCUUCUUUUGACGACUAGUGUCGGUGGUCUGGGUCUGAAUCUGACAGGUGCCGACACUGUUAUCUUUGUGGAACACGACUGGAACCCACAGAAGGACCUGCAGGCCAUGGACCGAGCUCACCGCAUCGGCCAGAAGAAGGUUGUCAAUGUGUACCGCCUGAUUACACGUGGCACCCUCGAGGAGAAGAUUCUCAAUCUUCAGCGCUUCAAGAUCGAUGUGGCCUCCACAGUGGUGAACCAGCAGAACGCGGGCCUGGGAACCAUGGACACAGACCAGAUUCUAGACUUAUUCAGUCUUGGGGACACGGGCCCGAGUCUCAUAGCAGACAAAUCAGCUGGUGGCAUGGAGGGCAGAGAGGAGGACAUGGUUGACAUAGAGACGGGCGACGUGAGGCAGCCAGGCAAGAAGGCGGCGUGGCUCGAGGACCUGGGCGAGUUGUGGGACAACCGCCAGUAUGAGGAAGACUUUGAUCUCGAUGGCUUCCUGAAGACCAUGCAAUAG